AAUCUAUUCUUGUUAAACUUAUUUAAUUAUGUGAAUUAUUAAUUCUUUGAUUUGCAUCUUACAUUUUUCUUGUUCGAUCUGAUCAUGGCUGCAGCAAGAGAGCAAGAGAUAAUUUCCACUGAGAUUGUGAAUACGGGUAUCGAAGAUUCGGGCCCAUAUGCAGGCUCAUUGAAUUUCUCCGUCAGGGUCCGCCAUGGCCUCCCUAAUUUCUUGAAUUCUGUUAACUUAAAAUACGUGAGGCUUGGUUAUGGCUAUCUCCUUUCUCAUGGCUUUUACCUCUUCACUGCACCAUUUUUCAUUUUGAUACUCAGUGCUGGAAUCGCCAAGCUCACCUGGAAUGAUUUCUUCCCCCAAUAUGACCUCUCUCUUACUCUAUUAAUUUUCGGAUUGCUCGCCUUCAUUGUUUUUCUUUGUCUUCAUCUAAUCCCUCGCUCAAUUUAUUUAGUCGAUUUCGCUUGUUAUCGUCCGCCGAAUCAACUCAAGAUUUCAAAGGAAGAAUUCAUGGUACUAGCAAGAAAAUCAGGCAACUUUAAUGAGGCUGCCCUGGAAUUCAAGCAACAAGUUCUCAAAAAUUCCGGAAUUGGAGAUGAAACUUACCUGCCUAGAAAAGUUUUUUGCCCCGGUUACAAGCCAAAUUUAAAGGAUGGUCGAGAGGAGGCAGCAAUGGUAUUUUUCGGGGCCAUUGAUGACCUUCUUGCAGCCACCAAAAUCCGGCCAAAGGAAAUCAAUAUCCUCGUCGUCAACUGCGGAGUUUUGAACACUACGCCAUCACUCUCUUCAAUGAUAAUAAACCAUUACAAAUUUAGACAUAAUAUUAACAGCUUCAAUCUUGGUGGCAUGGGCUGCGCAGCAGGAAUUAUCGCCAUCGAUUUAGUAAGAGACUUAUUGAUCGCUUAUCCAGGCUCGUAUGCUCUUGUUGUUAGCACAGAAGUCGUUAGCCAUACCUGGUACUGCGGCAAUGACCCCGACAUGCUUCUCCCUAAUUGCUUCUUCCGCAUGGGCGCCGCCGCAAUGUUGCUCUCAAGCUGCCGCCCUGACCGGUGGCGCUCCAAGUACCAACUCAAACAGCUGGUUCGAACGCACAAAGGCAUGGAUAAUAGAAGCUUCAAGUCGAUACAUCUAAAGGAAGAUGCAGAAGGGAGGCGAGGGCUAUCAGUGAGCAAGGAAGUGAUCGAGGUGGGCGGCCAUGCCCUCAAGGCAAACAUCACAACUCUAGGCCCUCUAGUUCUACCGAUCUCUGAGCAAUUUCAUUUCUUCAAGAAUUUGCUCUCCAGGAAGAAAACGAAACCAUACAUCCCAAACUACAAGCUGGCGUUCGAGCACAUAUGCAUAUUGGGGACAAGCAAGAAAGCGUUGGAUGAAAUUCAGAAGAACUUGGAUCUCACACACGAGUACAUGGAGGCUUCAAGGAAAACUUUGGAGCGAUUUGGGAAUACUUCGAGCAGUAGUGUGUGGUAUGAACUGGCUUACUUGGAGGCAAAUAAAAGGAUGAAGAGAGGUGACAGAGUUUGGCAAAUUGCACUGGGAUCGGGCAUCAAGUGUAAUAGUGUCGUGUGGAAGGCUCUUAGAGAUGUUGAAAGGCCUCAGCAGAGCCCAUGGUUUGAUUGAUUAAUCAAAUUAAAAAAAAGUUGAAAAUUGAUUCAUAUAUAGCAAUGUCUGUAAAACUUCUGCCUAAUAAUAACUGAAUUUAACUUACAUCUAGAAAUUCAUGGGACUUUUGACAUAAAUCAAGACACCAAUUAUUAAC